AAUCCAGGAGGGCAGGGUGCACGAUGAGCUCCCAGCCGCUAUGCGCUGUGUGGGCACAGUUUCUCCUGCUGUGGCUGCUGCUGCUGCCAGCCGUGCCUGUUCCCUGGGCGGAGGCCAGGAGGUCCAGAGUCUCGAUGCCCUGCCCCGAGGUCUGCGAUGCCACGCGCUGCCCGCCACUGCCUACCUGCUCGGCCGGAACCGCACCGGUGCCGGACCGCUGCGGCUGCUGCCGCGUGUGCGCCGCCGCGGAGGGUCAAGAGUGUGGCGGGGCGCGGGGACGGCCGUGCCUCUCGGGACUGCGCUGCGGGGCCCCAUUCUCCCGGGAGCCUGCGGGGGGCGCAUGGCUGGGCACCUGCGGCUGCGUGGAGGGCGUGGAGGGCGCGGCGGUGUGCGGCAGCGACGGGCGCACCUACCCCAGUCUGUGCGCGCUGCGUAAGGAGAACAGAGCAGCGCGCCUGCGGGGCUCGCCCCCGGCAGUGCCCGUGCAGAAGGGAGGCUGUGGGGACCCAGGGACCAGAAGUGCCGGGCGGCUCCGAAGGAAGUACAACUUUAUCGCAGCGGUGGUGGAGAAGGUGGCGCCAUCUGUGGUUCACUUGCAGAUAUUCCGCAGAUCACCUCUCACCAACAAGGAAAUCCCUGCCUCCAGUGGCUCUGGGUUCAUAGUAUCUGAGGAUGGGCUCAUUGUCACCAAUGCCCACGUCCUCACCAAUCACCAGAGGAUCCAGGUAGAGCUCCAGAAUGGGGCCCAGUAUGAAGCCACUGUCAAAGAAAUCGACCAUAAACUGGAUCUCGCGCUGAUUAAGAUUGAGUCCAAUACGGACCUUCCUGUGUUGCUGCUGGGAAGAUCAUCGGAUCUCCGGGCUGGAGAGUUUGUGGUGGCUUUGGGCAGCCCGUUUUCUCUGCAGGAUACUGUGACUGCGGGGAUUGUCAGCACCACACAGAGAGGCGGCAAAGAGCUGGGGCUGAAGGAUUCGGACAUAGACUAUAUCCAGACAGAUGCCAUCAUUAAUCACGGGAACUCCGGGGGGCCGUUGGUGAACUUGGAUGGAGAUGUGAUUGGCAUAAACACGCUUAAGGUGACUGCAGGAAUCUCCUUUGCGAUUCCCUCCGAUCGGAUCAGACAGUUCCUGGCAGACUAUCAUGAGCGCCAGUUGAAAGGAAAGGCCCCUUCACAGAAGAAAUACCUGGGUCUUCGAAUGCUGCCCCUCACUCUGAACCUCCUUCAAGAAAUGAAGAGACAAGAUCCAGAUUUCCCUGAUGUGAGUUCUGGAGUUUUUGUGUACGAAGUGAUUCAAGGAACGGCUGCUGCUAGCUCGGGGUUGAGAGACCAUGAUGUAAUUGUCAGCAUAAAUGGGCAACCUGUCACCACCACAGCUGAUGUCAUUGAAGCCGUUAAGGACAAUGACUUUCUCUCCAUUGUUGUGCGUCGAGGAAGUCAAACUUUGUUUCUGACAGUCGCCCCGGAGAUAAUCAACUAAGUAUCUUACUUUGAAAAACUGGCUCUCGAAACCAGUUGUAUACCUGGUUUGUAUCGAAGACGUGCCAAAGAUGGCAGGGGCUUUAGGGUACCAAGAAAAAUGGAUGCUUUGAAUGCAUGCACACAAGUUUAUAUACAAACACACACACACACACACACUCACUCACUCAUGGAUGUGGAAGUUGAGGGUGUUUUACUGCAAAAAAACAAACAAACAAACAAAAUGCAAAACAAAACAAAAACAAACCAACAAAGAAACAAACCCACCAAUGAAAAACCAAAACCUUUCUAAGCCAAGUGGAAGCAGCCAUGGUGGACUGGUAGAAUUUAAAGGCAGAAAAUGGGAAAACAGGCAAUUCCUAACUGAAUCCUGGCAGGUUACUUUAGUAACCUCCUAUAUAGCCACGAACUGCUAUGUCACACAUAAUCUACCCACCAAAUAUUAAGAGUCUGAACCUGGAGUCAAAAGGCAAUCACGUUUUAAAUAGUCCCCCUUUGUAUACUCAGUUUCCCAGGUUGUAUCACAUUUCUGGCCAGGGACUGUGGGUAGAAAAGUCAUCAGUCGAGAGACAGAUUGAAACUGAUGACAUUGGAUUAUAACACAGGAAUAUUAUUCUCAAAAUGAUCAUUUUAGCAGUAGAAACAAUUUUGGUCCUCCAGUGUUGCAGAGAACAGCCAUUAAAACAGUUUUUUGGAACCAUUUAUAGACUUACUUUUUAUGCAGGUUUUCUUUUGAUGGAGUUUAUAAACAGUCAAGGGAUUUUACAUGAGCUGUGGUAGGGCUGACCCAUGGCUUAGUUUAGUUUGGUAAGAUUUUUAAUUACUUUUUCCUAGACUUGGGAGGGUGCUGGGGACCAAACCUUGGGACCAGUACACAUUAGAUAAGGGCUCACCAUUGAGCCUUCAAGAAUUUUUUAAAAAUACGGCACCCCUGGAUCUCCUUAAAGUCCAUGUGAAGCUUGAUUUGUCUAUUUUUAAGGAGGUCUAAUUUCUUUACAAUUAAUCUAAAAAUAUAGCCUUAGUGUGUAGAAAUUAUGAAUUGACUCUUCCAAUUGUUAUUGCUGUAAGCAGGGUUAAGGUUAGUGUGGCUUUUAAAAGCUUUCACAGUUGCCGUCUUUAGUAAUGAGAGAACAGUGAUAUCGUCAAGGAUGCUGGGGCAGGAACUUUUAAGGAGAGUCCUACAAAAUGAUGCUCUGUUUCCAGGACUAGUUGUACCUGAACUUCGUAGGCGUCAGUUUUCAUGUAUGGAAAUGAACGUCAAGUAGUUUUACUGUUUCUAGAAUCCAUGGCUAGUUGAAGAGCGGGCCAUUCAUGUUAUACUUAGUAGUUCUUCCCGACUAAGAUCUGGAAGCCACUGUCAUUCAGAACCUUUCCUUUUCUCCCCAGUGACCUGGGAAUGGGACCCCUGACUGGCUCUAACGCUGUGGCAUACUGGGAAAACUGACUGUCACGCUUGUGUGGACAGAACAGGUUUCCUCCUCCUCUCCUAAGACAUCCCGAUCGACCCUCGAAGUCAGGAUGUCUUCUAAGAAGGCAUACAUUUCUUCCCCCUAAGAGCAUGGGCUUCCUCAUUUUUCUCACCUAAUUAUGCAGGAAAGUGUAAUACUUGUAUAAAAACCGUUUUUCUUUUUGAAGACACGAUGUCACUAUGUAGCCCAGGCUGUCCU